CACAGCAUCACUCUACAUAGUCACUGCUGUUCAACACAAGCGAUGAGACUCGGCGUCUUCAGGACGUGUCAAGUUCUCCUUUCAUGGGGACCAUGUCGAUAAUGUCCCCAAUAGAUCAAUUCCGACGGAUGCUUUUUCCUAGCCUAACGAGAUGUUUCCAAAAUGCAAGGCGAGCCGAGGCGAAGGGCAGAUCGUUCACAAAUCGUUUGAAUCGUCAUCAGCCGCAGUCGUGGCAAGGGAGCGGACAGGUCCGACUCGGAAGGAAACUCCCUCCUGUAUUCGUGGAUGAGCCUGCAUUUGUCCCUUUCCCUUUACUUUCUGUGUUCUGUUUCUCGCUAAUCGCUAUCUAAUUGGUUAUUGUCUUCCAAGUCCUUAGUAAGGGAUAUCGCCGAGAACUAUGCAGCAUUAUUGUUUGAUAACUCCUUCUCUCCUGUAUUAACGUUAGUAGAAAUAUGUUAGUUUCGCUCGAAUUGAUCCCUUC